UGGGGGUGAGGGAGUGACGUCACCGUGCAGGGCGGGGUCGGGGCGGUGCGCGUGGUGCCCCGCACAGCGCUUUGCAGGAGAGUCCUGGGACAAUUCUGAAAAUGUCGGCGGGAGCCCAGGCUACCGGUCCCGGCCUCCCGCGGCCCUCCCUCCCGGUCUGCCUGUCCCUGGGAGUGGCCUCCCUUGUCUGCUUCGUAGCCUGUUUCGGCACAGGGGCGGAGUUCGUGCGGUUCCUGUCAUUCGGGGCCAUAUUCGGGAACAUCAGCGGCGGGCUGGAGGACGGAACCCCUCUAAUUUGGAGAGAUGCUAUUGGAGACACUGUGUUCCUGCGCUCCAUUGCAGUAAAUGUUGCAUUGCUGCUUUUAUUUAUCAUCCAGCACAGCCUCAUGGCUCGGCCUGUUGUAAAGGACAUGGUCACACAAGUGUUUGGCGUUCUCCAAAGAUCCAUAUACAUACUUUGCACUGCUCUCUCCCUACAGAUCAUGAUGAGACACUGGCAGUUCUUCCCGCGUGGCCCCUAUCUGUGGAACGUCCCUACGGCUCCGUGGAGUACCUGGCUUCCCCUGCUGUGUGCGCUCCUGCACACUGUAUCGUGGCUGCUUAUAUUCAGUGUCCUGCUUAUCUUUGAUUAUGCCGAGCUUAUGGGCAUG